GAAACUACAACAGACAGCCAGGACUGCUGAGAGGAUAACUGGUGCCCACCUUCCAAGACCUGUGUGUCUCCAGAGUGAGGAAACGUGCAGGUAGAGCAUUACCAUACUAUACUGCACUGAUAAAUGCUACCUAUAUUUAGUAAACCAUUUUCAGUAGGCCUAUUUUGGUUUUUCAGUUUUAGAAACAGUUAAAAUUCUUGAAAAAAUAAUGAAACUAAAAGAUCUCUCAUUAGUUCAAAAUGUUGCUCUUUCCUUGAAGUUUCCCAACUUAUCUUUUAGCAUAUUUUUUUAAAUCACUUUUCUCAUUUGUUCUUUCCAUAAAUAUACAGUAUAUAUGGUGACAUGACAAAAAAUUUGCAGUUUCCUAAGGACUUCAACAAGGAUUUGGCUUACAUAAUGCAAAAACAUAAAUAGAUUCCAAUGAUAAUCAUUUACAAAAAUUGUACGACUAUAAGCCAUUAGCAUUAGCUUGUUUUUCUACAGAUGUCCAAGUGAUGAAUGUUAGGGGAUGUAUUCAUCAAGCUAUCAUCUAACCAGUAGGUGACAGUAUAACUCCAGCAAAACGGUAUCAGUGUGUAAGACCUUCAAAACGGUAUCAUAACUUCAGCAGUAUAAAAUCUUUUAAGAUUUUUAAAAGAGUGUGUGUGUGUGUGUGUGUGUGUAUAUAUAUAUUAUUUAUUUUUUUUAAGAAAAUGUGGCUCUCACUAAAGUGUGCAAAGCGUUUGAAGUGUUAAAUAGAUAGUAUAAAUAGAUAGUAAUUAGAAAAGCUUCAUAUUGUACAAAAUAAUUUAUCCAUAAUGUGAAAUCUUGACAUUGAUCUCACCUAAACACACUCAUAGGGGCAUUUCCCAAAUGGCAUUUAUGUACCGUUGAAGGGCACUUCGGUAAGGUGACGCAACUCGAAAGUAAGAAAGUUAAUUAUUUCACAAUGGGCCUUUCACAAGACUUUUAGUGAAGGCUACAUUUAAACUGUGAUGCCAUGCUCCCUUCAGAGUGCCCACGUCAAGGGGGGUCUCUUUAGAUUUUCCAUGUAAACCCCCCCCCCACACCAAUGCUGAAACAUGAUCAAGGGGGACAAAGCGAAAUAAAAAUGAUCAAGGAGGAGUCCCAGUCCGACAAAGAGAUAAAAACAGUAGUUGCCCAUUCUGAAGAUCAAAAUGCCCCCCCAAAGGUCACAUCCAAGUACCGCCCCUGAUGACUAGACCUGGUGUGCUUGAAAAGGUGGUUUGGUUUGCUUGAAAAGGUGGUCUGGGGUAUGGUUCAUUUGAACUCUGGUAUGGUUUGUUGCUGAUAUGGACACAAUCGUACCAAAUCGUGGAAAUGUACCAUUUGUGAUGAUGUAUAAUUUGCGUCUUUGCAGGCUCGCGAUCACAAUUAUUUUGGUACAAUGCAUUUCUCAUACCUGCUUGUGUCAAAUACACCACCUUCAGAGAGCAGCUCACAUUCUUCACAUCUCAACCAACACAUCUGCAGGCUCACGGCAGACAAACGCUAAUAUUCAUCACAUCAUUGCACAUUCAGUGCAUCUGCGGGAGACAAACACAAGUGUUGUUCUAUGCAUGGCAAGUUUUCAUAGUAAAUCCAAAAAGACAAACUUUAAUACUUCACUUAACACAGUGACACCUUCUCGAGUUGUUACCUAGUUACAGUAGUAAACAGCUGCCGCCUGUACUCAUGUUAAUGAUGUAUUCGGGCCGUGGUUCGGACACAAAUAACGUGAUUAUGUGAACACAGACCAGCACAGGCAGCAGGAGGGGCAAGGACAAGCAUCGAACCAAGUGUGAAAGCACCCUAAAUCGUAAUUUUUACAGUCGUUUUAGGGUUUGUUGACAUUACGUCGCCAUAGAAACAAAGUUGUAAAAUUGGCUAUAACUUUACACAGAAAAUGUUAUUAACCGAUUUUAUCACACUAAAUCGUGUUAACACACAUAUUGUUUAUUUCUUGUGGCUAUAAUUUUAAAACUGUGAGUAUUUUAAUGUUUACCGAUUGGCCCCCAUUCACUUCCAUUGUAAGUGGCUCACUGGAACUGAUUUUUGCUCUUUUUUUUUUUUUUUUUUUUAAAGAAAAAUAGGGGCAAGUCAAAAUUAUUUUUUUGUGGUAAUCAACAUUAUGCAACAAAUGUUAUUGACUGAGCUUAACUUGUACUGAACCUGAAAUAUUACUUUAAGAACGCCUCUAUAAAACAUGUAAAGGCAGGAUUUAACGAGCAGAUACAGAGUGCACGAGUUAUUCGCGCUUCCUACAAACAACAGCACAUGAGAAAGAGUUCAGGACCUGAGAGAGAGAGAGAGAGACUGGGGCUUGUCCCUGCGUCAGAGAGAUUUCCCUUAUCGAUUGGCUGCUCAACGAGGAGGCGUAUAAAAUAGACACUUUUAAGAAAUUUUAGAGACAUUUAGAGGGUUGCACACGGCGUGGAGGGUGGCUGAGAGACUCUUCUAUCCAACACAUCAUUUAAAGAGAAGAACAUGCAGAGCUGCGUUAAAUCGUGGGGUGCUAUAGUCAGCAGGUCGAUGAACGCCCGCAUGCCGUAUUGUAGGCAUAUUUGCAGCAAAGGUGAUGUUUUGAAGAAACUUCAAGGUGUAACUGCAGAUUUAUCUGCAAAUGCUCGCGCUCUGAGCACUUCACAAGUGUUGUGGUCCAGAAAGAUUGAAAGAAUCCUGCCGAGACACGAUGAUUUCUCUGAGAGACACAUUGGACCGGGUGACAAAGAGAAGCGAGAGAUGCUCAAUACUAUUGGACUUGAGUCUGUUUCCCAGCUUAUAGAAAACACAAUCCCUGCAUCCAUUCGUCUGGGAAGAAGUUUGAAAAUGGACGAUCCUGUGUGUGAGAACGAAAUUCUUGAGUCACUCCAAAAGAUCGCCUCAAGGAACAAGAUAUGGAGGUCCUACAUCGGAAUGGGCUAUUAUAACUGCUCUGUUCCACAAGUCAUACAAAGAAACCUACUAGAGAACUCUGGAUGGUUGACACAGUACACACCCUACCAGCCUGAGGUUUCUCAGGGGCGUCUAGAGAGCUUGCUCAAUUAUCAGACGAUGGUCUGUGACAUCACUGGAAUGGAAGUAGCCAAUGCGUCGUUGCUUGAUGAAGGCACUGCAGCAGCAGAGGCCAUGCAACUCUGCCACAGGCAAAACAAAAGAAGAACUUUCUACAUUGACCCACGCUGUCAUCCACAGACUAUUGCAGUUGUGCAAACCAGAGCCAAUUACAUUGGUGUGAAGACCAUUCUCAAGCUUUCUCAUGAGAUGGACUUCAGUGGAAAGGAUGUUAGCGGUGUCCUCUUCCAGUACCCCGAUACUGAGGGCAGGGUGGAAGAUUUCACGGCACUUGUUGAUCGGGCUCACAAGGGUGGAGCACUAGCUUGCUGUGCCACAGAUUUGCUGGCACUCUGCGUGUUGCGUCCUCCAAGUGAGUUUGGAGUAGACAUCGCUUUGGGCAGCUCUCAGCGCUUUGGAGUGCCUGUCUUUUAUGGUGGACCUCAUGCAGCAUUCUUUGCAGUCAAAGACAGUCUGGUCAGAAUGAUGCCAGGAAGGAUGGUUGGAGUGACCAGAGAUGCAGCUGGGAAAGAGGUUUAUCGUCUGGCGCUCCAAACCAGAGAACAGCACAUCCGCAGAGACAAAGCCACUAGCAAUAUCUGCACAGCCCAGGCUCUUCUUGCAAACAUGGCUGCCAUGUUUGCGUUGUACCAUGGACCUCAAGGUUUGAGGCACAUUGCAGAGAGAACCCACAAUGCAACCUUGAUUUUAGCUGAAGGGCUGAAAAGAGCUGGACACAAACUCCAGCAUGAGAACUUCUUUGAUACACUCAAGAUUAACUGUGGUGUGGCUGUCAAGGACAUCUUAGAAAAAGCCAUGCAGCGGGAGAUCAACCUGCGGGUCUACAGUGAUGGAGUGCUUGGAGUGUCUCUGGAUGAAACUGUUACUGAGAGAGACUUGGAUGAUCUGCUUUGGAUCUUUGGAUGUGAAUCCUCAGCUGAGCUUAUUGCUGAGAAAAUGAGUGCGAGAACUAAAGGACUGUUGGCAAGUCCUCUCAAGAGAACCAGCAAUUUCCUCACCCAUCCCGUGUUUAACAGUUAUCAUUCAGAGACCAAUAUUGUACGCUACAUGAAGCGCCUGGAAAACAAGGACAUUUCCCUUGUACACAGUAUGAUUCCAUUAGGCUCUUGCACAAUGAAGCUGAACAGUUCAGCAGAGCUUAUGCCGAUCACCUGGAGAGAAUUUGCAAACAUCCACCCCUUCGUACCACUGGAGCAGGCUGAAGGUUAUCAGCAGCUGUUCAGACAGCUUGAGAGAGACCUAUGUGAGAUUACAGGAUAUGAUAAGAUCUCCUUUCAACCAAAUAGUGGUGCACAGGGGGAAUACGCGGGCUUGGCUGCAAUCAAAGCCUAUCUGAACUCCAAAGGAGAAUCUCACCGAACGGUUUGCCUGAUUCCCAAAUCAGCUCAUGGAACGAACCCUGCCAGUGCUCAGAUGGCAGGCAUGAAAGUACAGGUUGUGGAGGUUGACAAAGAUGGCAACAUCGAUGUGGUUCAUCUUAAGGCCAUGGUGGACAAACAUAAGGCAAACUUGGCUGCCAUAAUGAUCACAUACCCCUCCACUAAUGGUGUGUUUGAGGAGAACGUCAGUGACGUGUGUGAGCUCAUUCAUCAGAACGGUGGACAAGUCUACCUAGAUGGCGCCAACAUGAAUGCACAGGUGGGUUUAUGCCGACCUGGAGACUAUGGCUCAGAUGUUUCUCACUUGAAUCUCCACAAAACCUUCUGCAUCCCUCAUGGUGGUGGUGGCCCUGGGAUGGGACCUAUAGGAGUGAAACAGCAUCUGGCUCCCUUCCUACCCAAUCAUCCAGUCGUGAACAUACAGUCCAGCAAUGCUGUGUGUUCUCUGGGCACCAUCAGUGCUGCUCCCUGGGGCUCAAGUGCCAUCCUGCCUAUCUCAUGGGCUUAUAUUAAGAUGAUGGGUUCAAAGGGUCUUGCGCAUGCUACAGAGGUGGCCAUCCUUAAUGCCAAUUACAUGGCUAAAAGGCUGGAAAACAACUACAAAAUUCUUUUCAGGGGUACUAAAGGCUUUGUUGCUCAUGAAUUUAUUGUGGAUGUGCGUCCUUUUAAAAAGUCAGCAAACAUUGAGGCUGUUGACGUGGCAAAAAGACUGCAAGAUUACGGUUUUCAUGCACCUACCAUGUCCUGGCCUGUGGCUGGAACUCUAAUGAUUGAGCCCACAGAGUCAGAGGACAAGGCUGAGCUGGACCGAUUCUGUGACUCACUGCUGGCUAUUCGACAGGAAAUUGCAGAGAUUGAGGAGGGCAGGAUGGAUUCAAGGGUUAAUCCUCUUAAGAUGGCUCCUCAUUCUCUGGCCUGUAUUACCUCCACCACAUGGGACAGGCCUUACUCUAGGGAGUACGCUGCUUUUCCCAUGCCUUUUGUGAGACCUGAGACCAAGUUCUGGCCCACAAUUUCAAGGAUCGAUGACAUCUAUGGAGACCAACAUCUCGUCUGCACCUGCCCACCCAUGGACAUCUAUGAGUCUCCAUAUGAAGAAAGGGCUUCCUCAUGACCUCAUCACACACAUCAUUAUCCAAGUGAACCAUUCCCAUCAAAUAUAUGAUUCAUCUCUUCCCUGUAAUUAGUUUUUUUUUGGUAUGUUUUUUUUUUUUUUUUUUGGUGCCUCAUUAUCUUUUUGCAUACAAUGCACAAUAAUAGCUGGCCUUGCCCCACUCCUUUUGUUACUUUACUAAAACUAUCCAAAUCUGAUUCCGAUGCUGUAAUCUCCCUGUAUAGGGGUUCAUUUUUUUUUUUAUAUUUUUAUUUACUAUAUGAAAAUGUUUGGGUGUUUUGGGUCUGUUUUGUAGGCUUAACUUACUGGCAUUGUUGACAUUGAUUUUUAUAGAUGUAAUGUUUUCUAAUUAUUUAAGAAAUUGUAUUACAGUCUGUUUGUAGCAAUUUAAUAAAUAUUUUAAAAGGAA